AUGGUGGCUCAAGAUGGUCGUCCUUGCUGGCAAUUGGUUUCAGUUUACCUUCCUACAAGAGAUGCUCUUAAUUUGCGCCAUGUUCACUGGCCAUUGACUUGCCAUAUGUGUAGGACCGAAGAUGAAAGUGCAUUCCAUCUUUUCGUUCAAUGCCGAGAAGCUGUUAAUAUUUGGAACAAGUUGUGUGUGUUUGUAUCUGUCGAUGCCCAUAAUGUGAGUGAAUGGGUUUUUGAGUGUAUUAAUAUAUUACGAGGUGAUUUGCUUGCUAAGUUUGUUGUUGCUUGUUGGGUUAUAUGGAAUAGCAGAAAUGAUCAUGUUUGGAAAGUGCUUCCAAUUGAUGUCAACCAUAUGUUGCGUAGUGCAUUCAGUUUUUUGGAGAAUUGGAAAACUGCAAAUGACCUCCCGGUUAUAGGUUGGGUCCUACGUUAUGAUGAUGGUAGAUUUUUUGCAGCAAAAAAUAUCUGUAUGCCGGGAAGCUUUACUGUUAAAGAAACUGAAGCUUUACUGUUAAACACUGGUAUGGGUUCUGUUGAUGUUGAGAUGGACUCACAAAUUGUUUUUAAUGUUAUUCAUAGUUUUUCCUUUAAUUCUGCCUUUGGACUGUUAGUUGAUGAUGUAAAAGAAUUAACACAUAUGAUUGGUGAUGUUAAUAUUCAUUUUGUUAAACGAUCUGCGAAUUGUACCGCACGUACUGUUGCACUGGAGGCAUUUUCUGUGACAAGUUGUGGGGAAUGGUUAGAUACUCCUCUCUCUUUUCUUGUAAACUGUCUUGAGAAUGGUUUAAUGAAUUAA